AUUACGUUUAACCAAUCAGCACCCAUUUCGUCAGCGCAUACAACAAGGGAAGGAUGUUGCACCGAGCUCAAGAAUAGCAGUGACUCAGCAGAAAAUUAAAUAACGCAGGCCACCUGAAUAGAUGGCGAGUGGACAGAUGUCCAGGGCUGAGGCAUUGUUGUGCUCAGGCUGCAGACAUGCCUGUCAUGUCAUGCUCUACUCUGACACUGAAAGCAAGCUUUUUGGGAAAAUCCCCAUUCGGCAUGUUGUACUGAUGCAGAUGCGCUUCGAUGGUCUACUGGGUUUCCCUGGCGGCCUCGUUAAUCCAGCGAAGGAAACCCUGGAGGACGGCCUCAGCAGGGAGUUGUUAGAGGAGCUGGGUGUCGCUAUUCCUAUAUCAGAAGAAUACCAUGUGGAGGCAUGCUUUGCCCCUCCACAAGCCUCUUGCUUCUCAUCAUCUCGUCUGAUCCUUCACUUCUACGUCAAGAAGAUGGAGGAGCAGCAGAUCCUUGAGGUGGAGAAAGCAGCUGCGUCGACAGCCUCAGAUCAUGGACUGGAGGUGCUAGGAAUGGUCAGAGUGCCACUGUACACCAUGAAAAAUAAAGGAGGGCUGGGGCUGUUCCUGUCUCACUCGUUCAUUGGCAACGCUCAAUCCCAGCUCGUCAGCUCUCUCCUGCGCCUCAACCUGGUCUCACCGACAUCUUCUGCUCUGCCUUUACAAUAUGUUUUAACGCAGCAGAGGAUUAAUUACAUCCUCAGCACGUGCCAUUAA